UAAUCUCCUCUCCACUUUCCUGCUGGUUCUGUGGGGACAAUUACUCUGCCUUAUAUAAUUUGGUUGCUGUCGAGUCCUCUAACAAUUCUGUCUGUUUUUUUCUUCUCCAUUCCAUGACGCUCUUUAUCGGGGGUAGAGAUUCCCCCUAAACAUUUCAAGAGUUCCCCCCUUUACUUUAUUACCCCACCAAACCCAAUAACCCAUAUAUCCACCCCAAAGCGUCUUUCCCAUCCCCUCCCCGCAGGAGUUACUUCUCAAGCUUUCCCUCUGUGUGCACCCUAGUAGCGCGGUGGAGCUUCCUAUCUCUGUCACCGCUUUCCCCGUGAGCCCGUUUUCGUUCAUGUGUAACGAAAGCAGUUUCUGACUCAAAAGAAAAUCGGGAAGAGCCAUGCAGCAAGGAUGGCUGGACUGAGGCGAAGCCCCUAUUUCUGUCUCAGAAAUGUGGUGGGACACAGCUCGCCCAAUGCACUUUGCCCCUUCUAUGCCCCUCCUCUCAGGUUUUUCCUUCUUCUGGCGCCGCCACUGCUAAUCAGCGCGGUUUUAUUUACGAGUGGGUCAAUGUGAUAGGGGGCUUUGGCAUUUUAUUUUACUGGGGUAGUUUUUUUUGUUUUUUGUUUUUGUUUUUAAAUGGAAUUGCUUUCCCGUGCAAAUCAGGUUUCUCGGAGCUCCGGACUACUAUUCCGACAAUAAGGCGGAGGACGGGAAGAUGAGUAGCUCGGAGGAAGUAUCUUGGAUUUCCUGGUUCUGUGGCUUGCGUGGUAAUGAGUUCUUCUGUGAGGUGGAUGAAGAUUAUAUCCAGGACAAGUUCAAUUUGACUGGUCUCAAUGAACAGGUUCCCCAUUAUCGUCAAGCCUUGGAUAUGAUCUUGGAUUUGGAACCAGACGAGGAGCUCGAGGACAAUCCUAACCAGAGUGACUUGAUUGAACAGGCAGCUGAGAUGCUCUAUGGGCUCAUUCAUGCCCGCUACAUCCUCACAAACCGUGGCAUUGCCCAAAUGCUUGAGAAAUACCAACAAGGAGACUUUGGCUACUGUCCUCGAGUUUAUUGUGAGAACCAGCCUAUGCUGCCCAUUGGCUUGUCUGAUAUACCAGGCGAGGCAAUGGUCAAGUUGUACUGCCCCAAGUGCAUGGAUGUCUACACCCCCAAAUCUUCCCGCCACCAUCACACAGAUGGUGCUUACUUUGGGACUGGCUUCCCCCACAUGCUGUUUAUGGUGCACCCUGAGUACCGACCGAAGCGGCCAGCCAACCAGUUUGUGCCCAGACUUUAUGGUUUCAAGAUCCACCCUAUGGCUUACCAACUGCAGCUUCAGGCCGCCAGCAAUUUCAAGAGCCCAGUCAAAACUAUCCGUUGAUCUUCUACGUCCAGGUGCCCAGGGUCCUUCACUGAUUACUCCCUCUAUCGCCCCCCCCCCCCAGUCAGGGCUGCUCAUACUCUGAUUUUGGUGACAUCCCCUGUGGAAUCUUUGUCACCUUCCAGCCUGAUUUUUAGUCUCAUUUCUGAUGUGUGGUUUAAAUUAAUAAACAAUUUCUGUUAAUUCCCAGAAACACAGACUGUGACAAACAAAUUCAGUAACCAACUUGAAUGUCAUGAUUUUGUGGGACUUUUUUUUCUUUUUUAAAAAUAAAAUACAUUAAAAAAUGUAAA